AUGACGCGAUUGUCUGCGGAGAACGCCAGUCUGCGGGAGGAGAACCACCAUCUGCGCUCCCUGGACUCGCUGCUUCAGCUGGAGACCGAAACGGCACAAAUGUCUGCUGAGCUGGACACAGCUUUUCAGAGAGCUCUGGAGGCUGAGAAAACCGAAAAUCUCGCAGCCUCAAUGGCGGUCGAUGUGGCAUCUGUCACAGCAAUCGAGAAACUUCAAAAUCAGCUGAGCCAGAAACAGGCAGAACUUGGAGCGACACCUGCUACAGCCAAGAGGAAGUCCCGACCCCCACGGCGAGAGCAGCAGCCGCCCGAGUCUGGAGACACAUCCGACGACAACGAUUGCUGUGGAACUUACCAGUGGCACCUCCGACCCGGUCCGGGAAGAUGGCAGCAGCAGCAGGCUCCACUCAAUCCACUGGCGGUGUCCUUCCAGCCUCAUCAGGACCCAGCGCAACCAGAAGAGGAUUUGCCACUACAGAGCGAAGAGUAUUUGCCACUACAGAGCGAAGAGUAUUUGCCACUACAGAGCGAAGAGGAUUUGCCACUACAGAGCGAAGAGGAUUUGCCACUACAGAGCAAAGAGAACGUUCCAGUGCAAUCCCUUGACUGGCCAGGGCGUGGUGAGUCCCCGACAGACAACGCUGCUGUCAGUGGAGGUAGGCUGGUUUGUUAA